AUCUUGUAUUAGAGACUAGUCAAUCCAAACUAUAGUUCUGUAACCUUUUAACCCAUAAAACCAUCAUUCUUUUCACCUUCAAUUAUCAGGAAUAGAAACCAAGAUUUUUGAACAUUCACAAAAACAAAAUAAAGAAACACUAAUGGAGCAUUCUAUUGUUUCGGAACUUGAAGGAACUCUUCUAAAAGAUCCUGACCCCUUUUCUUACUUCAUGUUAGUUGCAUUUGAGGCUUCGGGUUUGAUUCGUUUUGCCUUGUUGUUGUUUCUAUGGCCGGUUAUUCGGUUUCUGGACUUGUUAGGGUUUGCAAACCCUGCACUAAAGUUGAUGGUCUUUGUUGCUACUGCCGGAAUUCGCAAAUCGGAGAUUGAAACGGUGGCUAGAGCGGUUUUGCCAAAGUUUUUUAUGGAUGAUAUUGAUAUGGAUGCAUGGGAAGUGUUUAGCUUAUAUGAUAAAAGGGUUCUGGUUACUAGAAUGCCAAGAAUAAUGGCUGAGAGAUUUGCUAAGCAGCAUUUAAGAGCUGAUGAGGUUAUUGGAAGUGAACUUAUAGUAAACCGGUUUGGGUUUGUUACCGGUUUUAUUAAUUGUGGCAAUAUUGAUUCUUUUAUCUCCAGUCGAGUUUCUAAACAGUUUAUGGAUGAAAAACCUGCUUUAGGAUUAGGAAGGUGUACUGCUAAUUCAAGUUCUUCAUUUUUAUCUCUGUGCAAGGAACGAAUGCACCCACCAUUUAUUACCAACCAAAAGCAACAUGACAACCAGCUCAUCCGCCCUCUGCCGGUGAUUUUCCACGAUGGCCGCCUUGUCAAACGUCCAACACCAUCCACAAGCCUACUAAUCAUCCUAUGGAUUCCACUAGGCAUUGUACUUGCAUUACUUAGAAUGGUGGUGGGAUUAAUGCUACCGAUGUGGGCUAAACCCUACUUAGCCCGAUUAUUUGGCGGAAAAGUGAUCGUGAAAGGCAAACCACCACCGCCUGCUUCUGACGGUAGUAAUGGUUUUCUAUUCGUGUGUACUCAUCGAACCCUAAUGGACCCUGUUGUAUUAUCCGCAGUACUUAGACGUAAAAUACCUGCGGUCACGUAUUCUAUUUCCCGAUUCUCUGAAAUCUUAUCACCAAUUCCGACCGUCCGAUUAACAAGAAUUCGAGAAGUAGAUGCAGAGAAAAUCAAACGCGAGUUAGCAAAAGGUGAUCUAGUGGUAUGUCCAGAGGGAACAACAUGCAGAGAACCAUUUUUAUUAAGAUUUAGUGCUCUUUUCGCUGAACUAACAGACCGGAUAGUGCCGGUGGCAAUGAAUUACAGGGUAGGGUUUUUCCAUGCAACAACAGCAAGAGGUUGGAAAGCUUUAGAUCCAAUCUUCUUCUUCAUGAAUCCUAGACCAGUUUAUGAAGUGACUUUCUUGAAUCAACUGCCAAUGGAGGCUACGUGCUCGUCUGGUAAGAGCCCACAUGAUGUUGCAAAUUAUGUGCAAAGAAUCUUGGCUGCUACAUUAGGGUUUGAGUGCACAAAUUUUACUAGGAAAGACAAGUACAGGGUUCUUGCAGGGAAUGAUGGAACUGUGUCCUAUACUUCAUUUCUUGAUCAGAUGAAGAAGGUGGUCAGCACUUUCAAGCCUUUUCUUCAUUAGUUAUAUAUCACAGAGAGAUGAUAUAUACAUAUAAUAAUAAGAUUAAUUUAAUUUGUUUUUGUGUUUCUUUUUUACAUUUAUUUUCUUUUGUAAAUGGCUGGCUUUAUAAUUUUUUUUGGGGAACCAUUUAAUUAUUUCUGGAAUUGAUUGUUAAAUAAA